CAGAUCUGAAGAGUGUGCCAUUGUAACAAAGGCACAUAAACUCAACCGAGUUCAUAUCUAAGAUAAGAAGCACUUAAAUUUAGCAUUAAGUUGACAAUAAAACAUAAAACAAAAUAAACUGAAACAGAAUUUUGUUGCAUGUUAUGUAUAAUUAAAAAAAAAAAUGAAAACACUUGAAAAGUGUAGCAUCUAUUUAUUUCGUUCGGAUUGAACAUCAAAAGUCAAAUUUAAAAAAAAAUUAUAGAGUGAUUCAACACUGUUUAUAAAAUGCCAAAUACGUUGCUAUUCGCCACAAAUAAUGAGGGACGAAUUUAUGCGCUAUCGACUGGAAGUACCGUUUGGAAAGAGUUUCAAUACUCUGGAUUAGAUUUCAAGAAAAUUUCAACGGUACAAAAUAUUAUUUAUGCAAUUGGUGGAGAUCGGCAAGUGUAUGUGCUGGUUUUUGGUCUGGACAUACCGAUCCGUGUGAAAGAGGUGACUUAUGAAAAUGAACGAUGGUUUCCAAUCGAAGGAUUCGCAAAUCGAUUAUUACCAACUGACCGACAUAAAUUCUCAAGUGAGGAUGGUACCGAAAAUCGUGCCAUCGAAUUGAUUCGACUUCCAUCCGCGUGCUGGAUUUGGGAAGGAGAAUGGCAGCUAGAUUUAUCAUUGAAUGGAGAACCAUUGGACCAUGAUGGUUGGACGUAUGCAAUAGAUUUUCCGACAAAAUUUUAUCCAAAAAAAUCGUGGAAUUCAUGCGUGAGAAGACGGAAAUGGGUACGAACGAGACGAUAUAAUGCACUUAAUUCAUGGUGUGCAAUCGCUCCAUUACACAAAGAUGCAACACAAGAACCGUUUGUGGAUGUUGCAAUCGGUUGCAUUGGAUCGGAAUCACAGAGUCCGGUGUUAAGUGUAUGGGCCGUAUCAGCGCAUGGCCGAGUAAUGCAUCGGUCUGGUGUAAGUAUGGUGUCACCGGAAGGAAAAAGAUGGACAGCUAUUCCAACACCAACUGGUGAAAUAUUGAAUAUUAGUGCUGGUACAAUGGGAUUAGUUUGGGCCGUUUUAUACAGUGGACGGGCGUUGGUACGCACAGGCAUACGAAGUGAUAAUUUGAUUGGUGACAAAUGGAUUGAAAUCAGUCCUCCCGGUGAAAAUGUGAAAAUCGUACAAGUUUCGGUGGGAACAAAUGCCGUAUGGUGUGUAACAAAUGAUAAUCAUGUGUGGUUUCGACGUGGCAUAAAAGGUGAUAUAUGCGGAAUUAGUGAAGAAGCAGCUACUGGCAAUGGUUGGGUGGAAAUGGUUGGAAAUAUUUCACAAGUUUCGGUGGCAGCAAACGAUCAAGUAUUUGCCAUCGGCGCAGAUGAUGAUAGAUACUUAUACUUUCGUUGGGGUGUUUCACCAAGUGAUCUGACUGGUAAACGUUGGGUUAAAAUACAAUGUCCAUUGCAAUAUACAAGUUGUACAUCGAGUACCGUAUCUUUGAACUCAAGAAGAAGCUCUGAAUCACCAGCACAAAGCAAUCGCAGUAUAAAUACGCUCUAUAAGGAACGAGGUCGUGUUGAAACAUCAGCAAUUGUUGAAAAUGUAGCUGUCGAUGAAGAUGCUGCCCAUUCGGCUCCAAAUUUUCGUCAAAAGCCCAAAUACUUGAACUCGCCGCCGGCCAGUCUGAAUGACAAAGUUGAUAAUCGUUAUAAAGUUCGAAUGAUGGAGAAUACAGCGUCGAGCGCACCAACCGAACAUGUCUCCGAAAUAUCGGGCAAACAUUAUGAACGUUCGUCAAAGCAUCCACGUGCAUGGAGUCCCGUACGAAGUGUUGGUUCAAUGGUCGGCACUGAAGCUCAUCCGGAAAGCGAUUCAACUGUCUUUGAAACCGAUUCAAAUCGUGGCUCGUGCAUUUUCAGCGAAGAAGAUGAUCAAUAUGGAUCACAAUAUUGGAGUGAAUCGGAAACGAUUUGGACAAAUUGUACGGCGGGCGCCGUUCUAUUAGAACCAAGCCAAUUACCAAAUUGGUUUAAAGACACUGUUACACUAUCGGACUCAUCGAUUGAUUUGAAUAAAGAGUGGCGCAUCAAACUGAUUGAAAUGCUAAAAAAACGACUGAAUGGCUUUGAUACGAGUACUUACGAUAAAGCGAUUGAGAUGUCUUCGUGGGUUAAGAGUAUCGAGGCAAAAGUUGCGAAAAAUGACAUCUUCGAAGACUGUCUCAUGGAAUUGGAAUGGCUAACAACGACUGAAUCAGGAUCGGGAACAUUGACAAUUCUAAAUUUGGACGGUGUGUCCACUAAAAUGCAGCUAUCCUUAAAUGAAAUAAUAUGUGUAAUGUGUUGUAGUGAACCGGGCAAUCCUCGGCUUGCCUUAUACGCGCCACGAUUAUCGAGCGAAUCAUCUGCAUUGAAAUUACAGUUUUCAAAUGAUGAUGAAAUGGAAGACUGGUUAUCACAUUUAACCUCGAUAUGUUGUGAGUUGAAUGAUAUUCACGGAAAACCAGCUGAUGAUGCACGAUGGAUAACCACUAAUUUGGGCGAAGUUUUCACAUUUGAUCCGUCAAAUUUGAAAUCUGCACAAUACAAAGAAGACAUCAAAUUAUACGAAAAAGAAAUCAAUAUGCUCGGAGCAGAAACGCCAUACCAUUCAACUCUUCCAAAUGGUAUGCCGCUUGGCAGCAUUUUAGAAAUAAAUGGUUGCAUUUUCGAUGAUGCUAGUCAAAUUCGUUUCGAUUUACAAUGCCAUUCGACAUUGAAAACGCGAUUCAUCGUCGAAAAAAUGCGGCACGUUGCAUGCCAUCUGAAUCCACGAUUCAAUGAACGGCUCAUUGUACUGAAUACAAUGGAAAAUUCCGAAUGGCAAACCGAAUUGAGAACUGAUAAAAUGGUAUUCGCACCCGGAACUGAAUUCAAACUGGAAAUUAGAUGCGAAGCAAGCGGCUUAAGAUUUUUCGUGGACAAUUUGGAAUUUAUAUUUUUCGAGCACCGAUUGCCCCCAGAAUCUGUUAACAGUUUGUACAUUAGUGGCCGAGUGAAAAUCUACAAUGUUAAAUAUAAAAGUCCAAGGGUGAUUAUUCAGUUGCGUGACAUGUUUUGGCGUCAAAUUGGCGGACAUUUUCGUAAAAUAGUCUCUAGCCGAUCUGGCAUUGUAUGGGCAAUAAGCUAUGAUAAUACUGCAUAUUAUUAUACCAAUGGAGUGGGAGGAGCCUUUUCGAGGGGUUUGAAUUCUAGUGGUGAAAUCAAUGCAAUGACUGAUACACAAAACUACUUUAUAUACGAAAACCAAAGAUGGAACCCAUUGACAGGUUAUACAAGUCAUGGUCUACCAACCGAUAGACCAGCAUGGAGUGAUGCAACGGGUAAACAAAAGAGAAGCAAAGAAAAUUCAAAACUAUUAUCAUCUCGAUGGCACUGGAUCUCUGAUUGGCUCGUCGACUUUCAUACGCCUGGUGGUGUUGAUCGAGAUGGUUGGCAGUAUGCUGUCGAUUUUCCAGCAUCUUAUCAUGCAAAGAAGCAAUUUACUGACUACGUACGGCGUAGAAGAUGGUAUCGAAAAUGUCGCCUCACAACCAGUGGUCCAUGGCACGAAAUUGGUAAUACAAAAUUAAUCGAUGUGAGCCUACUAUAUGAUGAAAAUACCGAUACGUUUAAAGUAUGGGCUAUCGCCAGCAAUGGUGAUGCAUUAUAUCGACGCGGUGUUACACGAACCAAUCUCAGUGGAUCGUCCUGGGAGCACAUUAUUGCAAAUAAUCAACCUUUAGUUUCAAUCAGUAUUAGCAAGGCGACUGGUGUUUGGGCUAUCGGAAGAAAUGGUUCGGCAUAUCGUCGGUGUGGUUUCUCGUCCGAAAAUGAAUGUGGCACCUAUUGGAAGGCGAUAGAGGAUGCGCCUAAAGGAACCAAUCUAAAACAAAUAUCAGUCGGACCGAUCGGAAUUUGGGUGAUCGAUUCACAAGGUCAAAUGCUUGUACGGCGAGAAGUAUGCGAUUCAUUUCCGGAAGGAUCUCAUUGGCAAAUUUUGCAAAAUGUUCCUAAUGAUCCACCGCAUGAAGAAGGAAAAAUUGGAUUCAAAUCGGUUUCCGUAACUGAUACAAAUGUUUGGGCUGUGUCAAAUAGUAAUUUUAUAUGCAGACGAAGUGGCGUAACACAAAAAAAUCCAGCCGGUACUGGUUGGCAGCUUGGCAUAUCUGCCAAUUUCAACUGUAUUUCAUAAUCUAAAUAUCCAGUCAGAGGCUAUAAUCCAAAUUACAGCGGCAUUCCUGUAUAUCAGACCUUUUUUUUGAUUUUUACGUCUUUUUCUGAAUGUAUAAAUUUUAAUAUGGCAUAAUAAAGCAAAAUAUAAACGAGCUACAUGUACAAUUUA